ACUUUUCCUUUUUCUCAUCUCCUCUUUCCUACCUUCGCUUUGUUGCUUUAUAACUCCAAAGCGCCAGCAACCGCUGCAUCUACAGCUACAGCGUUCCUUCCUCUCCAAGAAAACAAACAGGAAGCAGAGGAAAAUGAUCCUUCGGAUCCGCAGCCGUGACGGCCUGGAGCGCGUCACCGUGCCGGACCCCUCCGCCGCCACCGUCGCCACCAUUCGCUCGCUCAUCGAGUCCCAGCUCGGCGUCCCCGCCGCUGCCCAAACCCUCUCCCUCGACCCCAAUCUCCUACUCCCCUCCAAGGCCCAGACCCCUGCCCUCGACCCCUCCGCCCGCCUCUCCUCCCUCCCCCUCGCCCAUGGCUCCAUCCUCUACCUCUCUUUCCCCGCCGGCCUCCGCCGCGCCGCGGCCGCUGUCCCCACGCCCCCGCCUUUCACCCCCGCUGGAUCCUUUGGCCGCCGCAAGAUGACCAUCGACGACCUCAUGGCCCGCCAGGUCCGCGUCGCCCGCCAGGAGUCCCCCCACUGCGCCGCCGCAUCCUUUGACCGCGACGCCGCCAACGCUUUCCAGCUGUACGUCGCCGACACCCUCGCCUUCGCCGUCAAGCGCGCCGGCUUCCUCUACGGCCAUGUGGACGAGGCCGCCCACUCCGUCGUCGUAGACUUCGUCUAUGAGCCCCCCCAGCAGGGCUCCGAGGACGCCGCCACUCUCUUCCGAGACCCCGACGAGGAGGCCCUCGUCGAGUCCAUCGCUGCGGGUCUCGGCAUGCGCAGGGUCGGGUUCAUCUUCUCCCAGGCCGUUGGUCGCAAGGCUGGCACUGCCGAGUACACCAUGUCCGGCCGUGAGGUCCUGCAGGCCGCUGAGAUGCAAGCCGAGGGCGGCAUCCCUGAGUGGGUGACUGCAAUUGUCAAGCUCAAGGUUGGGGAGGAUGGCGCUGCCGACGUGCACUUCGAGGCCUUCCAGAUGAGCGACACCUGCAUCCGCCUCUUCAAGGAGGGGUGGUUCGUGACCGAGUUCGGGGAGGAUGAUGACCCCAGGGUGUCGAAGAUGAAGAAGGAUGUGGUGGUCGGGGUAAAGGACACCAGGGAGGUCGACAACGAUUUCUUCUUAGUGCCUGUGAAGAUCUCCGAUCACCAGGGGCCAUUAUCUUCGAGUUUUCCUAUAGAGAACAGAAUCACUGCUGUAACGUUGAGAACUCUGAAGAACCACUUGGAUCGGACAAAGCACCUUCCAUUGGUGAAACGCAUCUCUGACUUUCAUCUGCUCCUCUUACUCGCAAGGCUUUUGGAUGUAAAUGCCGACAUACCAGCACUGACCGAGUGUGUACAAAAGCAGUCAUCAGUCCCAGAAGGUUACCAGCUUCUGAUAGAAUCAUUGGCCACCUCCUGAGAUGACAUGUGCCUUGGUGCCGGAUCUAUGAUUUGCUUGUGGUGGAAUCAAUGUUCCAAAAAUUUGCAUUAAACAUACGAAUUAUUACUGUUAAUUACUUCUUUCUACUGGAAUUUUCAUGUAGAUAUGCUACCUGUGUUCUUUCCAAUUAAAGGAUCAGUGUUCUGCA